AUGGCCCUCCGCGCGACCAUGAGCAAGACCGCGGCCCGCACCGCCGUGAAGCCCGCCCAGGGCCUCCGGAUGGCCGUGCAGCGUGUGGCCACCACGGCGGGCGUGUCGGUCGCCUCCCUGGCGCUGGCCAUGGCCGCCUCGGCCGACGCCACCGUCAAGCUGGGCGCUGACAACGGCGCGCUCGUGUUCGAGCCUUCCACCGUGACCGUCAGCUCCGGCGAGACCAUCACCUGGGUGAACAACGCCGGCUUCCCCCACAACAUUGUGUUCGACGAGGACGAGGUGCCCGCCGGCGUGGACGCCGACGCCAUCUCGCGCGACGACUACCUCAACGCCCCCGGGGAGACCUACAGCCUGAAGCUCUCUGCCUCCGGCACCUACAAGUACUACUGCGAGCCCCACCAGGGUGCUGGCAUGGUCGGCACUGUGGUUGUGAAGUAA